AGAAACAUGCAUCUGUCCUCCGUCUGCGGCCUGCUGCUCAUCUUAAACCUGCAGCUGAUCACCUCGUAUCCAAUCAGCACCGGCCUGACCGACACCGACAUGGAGAUCUUAAAGGUUCUCCUUCACAGACUGGAGGAUUCCGUGUCCGAGCAGACUGAAGUGGACCAGAGAAUCCCUGCAGAGAGGGACGGUGUGGAUGAGGACGAGGCAGCAGAUGUUCAGCAGCCUCAGACCGGCCUGGACGAGGAGAUGAUCCGAGAGUUUCUGUCUGCCAAGAACCUGAAGAGCGUCCGCAACGACUCGUCCAGGAGGUCCUCCGGCUGCUUCGGCCGACGGAUGGACCGGAUAGGAUCCAUGAGCUCACUGGGCUGCAACACGGUCGGCAAAUACAGUAAGUACAAGUCAAUGAAGUCACUUCUUUAA